GGGCUGGAAAGAGGAAGGAGCAGGUGGGUGCGCGCACGCGGGCCACUCGUCUCGCGCGGUUGCCAUUGGAACGAAAGAGUAAACCGAGGGCCUGCGAAGCCGUGUUACAGGCCGUAUAAUAAACGGUUCCCCGACGGCUUGGCUAUCUUGUACUAAGCCGGUGGUAGUGAAGGCGGCUCUUUCGUUUUCUGAACGCUGCUGUUUCGCCGUAAGUAAGAGGGAGAGGGAGCUUCCUGUAGGUCGAAGUUGUGCAGCUUCCCUCUGCCAUCUUGACAAGGAAGUGGAUGUGCUUUAUAAUCCUAGAAUUGCGGAGUUGGAAGGGGCCACGAGGGUCAUCUAAUACUAAAACAACCCUCUGCAACGCGGGACUCGAAUCCAUGACCCUAGGAGUAAGAGUCUUGUGCUACUACUGAGCUAUCUCCCAUGUUUUGUUUCUCUUUUUUAAACGACCAAACAAACUAUAUAGUAUGUGAGAGGCAGAAGCCGCAAUCUUCAGAAGUACGGUUGCUAAAACGUCUGGUGGUUACAUGUUUUCCUAUUCUUUUCGACAGCUGCAGUUUCUUAGGAAGUCACUAUUGUAAAACCUGUGAGAUGGCCAUGCCCACUGCUGCCGUGUACACUAACCCAGGCAUCCCCAAACUUCAGCCCUCCAGAUGUUUUGGACUACAAUUUCCAUCAUCCCUGACCACUGGUCCUGUUAACUAGGGAUCAUGGGAGUUGUAGGCCAAAACAUCUGGAGGGCCGCAGUUUGGGGAUGCCUGCACUAACCCCUUUGAAGAAUUUACCAGGAGGAAAUGCAUCAUCGGCCUGAAAAGCUUUCCCUACCACUGACAUGAUGGGACCGGACCAGCUGUCUCCAAACAAGUAUCCAGGUAUGCAGUAUAAAUAUUUGCAAUGACUCUUCAGGAGAUUGUUCAGACUGCAGCCAGUUUAUAUCCUGAGAGAAUAGCAGUAUGCUUUGAUGAAUGCAUCAAUAAGGUUCCAGUUAUCUACACUUACAAAACAGUUAUUAACCUAGCCACAGAACUUAGCGAUUUCCUGAAGAAACAUUGUAAUUUCACCGAACGAUCUGAAAUAGGCCUCUACUGCUACCCAGGAAUAAACCUGCCUUCUUGGAUUAUAGGAAUUCUCCAAGUGCCAGCUGCCUAUUCACCUAUUGAUCCAGAUGCCCCUCCAAACUUGUCUGCAUAUUUUAUGAAAAUGUGUAACUUCCAGUAUGUCCUUGUGGAGAAAGACAGAGUUGAUAAAUUCACAGUGGCACAUGGGCAUUUGUUUUGCCAUGAUUCCUUUGAAAUACCAAAAGUCAGUUUGAUUCUUUUCCAGAGGAAGGGCAGUAAUAUUGGAAAUUUAAACGAUAACAAUGAAAGUUCUGCUGUGCCAAGCAGAUUAGAGGCACGAGCCUUGGACCAGCUUGAGACAAAACCAUUCAAAGACCUGCUGGAUGCCAGACAGCAAGGCUCCAUAGCAUAUAUUUUACAUACAUCUGGAACAACAGGGAUCCCUAAAAUUGUCAGGGUUCCUCAUAAAUGUAUACUGCCAAAUAUUCUUCAUCUUCGAGAUGUAUUUAAGGUUACACCAGAUGAUACAGUGUUUAUGGCCUCUUCCCUGACAUUUGAUCCAUCUGUGAUUGAGCUGUUCAUUGCUCUGGCAAGUGGGGCUUCCCUGCUUAUAGUUCCUAACCUGAUUAAAAUGGUGCCACAGGAGUUGUCCAAGGCUCUUUUUCAGCACCACAGAGUGUCUGUAUUACAGGCUACACCCACACUUCUGCGCAGAUUUGGAGUUCAGUGCAUUAAAUCAACAGUGUUGUCUGCUGAUACGUCGCUGCGAAUCUUAGCUCUCGGUGGAGAACCAUUUCCUGAACUGAAUGUGCUAAGAAGCUGGAGAGGAGAAGGAAACAAAACACAUGUGUUUAAUAUCUAUGGUAUUACAGAAGUUUCCUGCUGGGCCACAUGCUACAAGGUUCCCGAGGAGGUUUUUAGUUCUGAUCACCGAUUUGAUUCCAUUGUACCACUGGGAACCCCACUGUCUGGAACGAUAGUUGAAGUCAAAGAUGCCAAUGGUUCUGCCGUUGUAGAAGGCGAAGGUCAAGUGUUCAUAGGAGGUGAGGAACGUGUCUGCUUUCUUGAUGAUGAAGUAACACUACCUAAGGGCACAAUGAGAGCAACUGGAGACUUCGUAAGAGUAAAGGAUACCGAAAUGUUAUUCUUGGGGCGGAAGGACAAUCAUAUUAAACGUCAUGGCAAGCGCCUCAGUAUGGAAUAUGUACAGCAGAUUGCGGAAGGCUACUGUCAAGUGGAAACAUGUGCUGUGAUAUGGUAUCAACAGGAAAAAUUAAUUUUGUUCAUUGUGCCCAAAGGCAAUUUAGAAAAGAGAGAGAUUUUAAAGAAACUCCAGGAAUGUCUUCCUAGCUAUGCAGUCCCAGAUGAGGUUUUGCUGAUUGACACUUUACCAUUCACUUCACAUGGCAAAGUGGAUGUGUCUGAGCUGAGCAGCAUUUACAGCAGCCAUUUGAACUCUAGAAGGAGUGACAGCAAGCUGAACGAGAAUGAAUUGUGGGAGAGAUUGCAGCAUUUGUGGAAGGCUGUUCUGAAUUUACCAGAUGAAUCCGCAAGCAUUUUAAAAGAGUCACGGUUUUUGCACAGUGGCGGGGAUUCCUUAAAAUCAUUACAGCUCCAUGAUGAAAUUGAACAUAUGGUAGGCAAGACUGUCCCUGGCCUCCUGGAAAUUAUUCUCAGUAGAUCCAUUGAAGAGGUCUACAGACAUAUCUUAGAAACAGUUUUCCCAAGCGAAACCCUGAAAUUAAGCUGUGACAAUGCUGUAAAAGGAAAGCUGAGUGAAAGCAGCAGAGAGGAGCCCAGUAAAAAGUAUGUGCAGCUAAAACCUGAAAGAUCCCCAAUGGUUGAAUCAAAUAUUGUUGGCUUUACUGCCGUGACCCGAGGAAACCGGCUGUUGUCUAUGGGUGACCCCUUGAAGAACCACAGUAAUAAAGAGCAAGCUGGAGAAAGCGAAGUUUUGCCGAGUGUGCGGGAUAAAACAAUUGUCAGCGAUGCAAAUGUGGCAGAAGAUGAUUCUAUACUAAACACUCCUGUACAUGAGAAUAUUGGGCAAACAGCUGAAAAGUUUAUGUUGCAUCUCAGAUGGAAGUCAGACCUGGGCAAAUGUGUGGAUGCAUCUCCACUAGUUGUCACCGAAAAGUUAUCUGCCUUUGUAUACAUUGGAUCACAUUCUCACGUGAUUCAAGCAAUUGACCUAUAUUCAGGAAAAGUCAAGUGGGAGAGAAACCUUGCAGAUCGCAUUGAGUCAUCCGCCUGCGUAUCUAGGUGCGGAAACUUCCUCGUUGUUGGAUGUUAUGAUGGGUUGGUAUAUGUCCUCAGAAGGAGUGAUGGGGAAACACACUGGACAUUUGCAACUGAGGAUGCGGUGAAAAGUUCUCCAGCUGUGGAUCCUUCCACAGGAGUAGUCUUCAUUGGAUCUCAUGACGGUCAUGUAUAUGCUUUAGAUAUUUAUAAGAAAGAGUGUGUCUGGAAAUUACACAGUGAAGCUGGAGCUGUAUUUUCCUCUCCUCACCUAAAUCUGCUACCACAUCACCUGUAUGUUGCUACACUUGGAGGGCUCCUGCUAGCUGUAAAUCCAAUUACGGGGAACGAAAUCUGGAAGAGCUUUUGCGGAAAACCGAUCUUCUCAUCACCACAUUGCAACAAGGACUGUGUAUGUGUAGGAUGUGUGGAUGGAAAUUUAUAUUGCUUUAGCCACUUUGGAGAAAAGAAAUGGAAGUUUUCCAGCAAUGGACCAAUUUUUUCAUCGCCAUGUAUUUCACAUUUUUCCAGCGAUAUAUUUUUUGGAUCCCAUGACAACUUUACUUACUGCUGUAGUACGGAAGGUAAUUUAUUGUGGAAAUUUGAAACAACUUCAACUGUAUAUGCAAUUCCAUUCGUUUUCCAUCAUCAUGCCUUACAAGAUGAAACACUUCUCGCAGUGGCAUCCACAGAUGGCAGAAUAUGGAUCUUGAAUGCCAAGACUGGCUUGGUAGAAGGUGAAGAGAAGCUUCCAGGAGAAGUUUUCUCAUCUCCUGUUGUAUGGGGAACAACGAUCAUUGUAGGCUGUAGAAAUAACUAUCUUUAUUGCUUUGAUUUAUGUGUUUCUAAAACCAAAUAAGGUGCCUAAAAUUUCCCUUUUUGGUAUUUUUACUUUUGCUUGUACAAAAUAGGGCUGGGUGAUGUUAGGUUUUCAACAUCACGAUGUAUCAUUCUGAUCUGAAGAUACACCUCAAUGUUGAAACAAGCUGCAUUUGUAGGGAGAGAAUUGCCAAUUGUGUUAUUGAGCUAGAUCUGAUCCUAUAGUUUGCAUUGCUUGCAUUGUAUGAAUUCUGACUGUAGCCCUGGGAUGUCUUGCUUAAAAUGCUUUCCUCUUUGCCUCUAUGCCUCUGUGUGUCAAAGUGCAAUCAAGGCCGGAUGAGCUGGCCCUGUCUGGAACACAGAAGCGCUUAUCAGCUGCUAUGCCUGACGCAUAGUUUCACUCAAGGCUGCUAGAAGUUGCUAGCUUGACGCGUAAACUGAAGGCUGAUAAGGCUACACAUUGGCCCCAGCCUGUGAGGCGUGGGGUAAAACUUCUGCGGCUCUCACUGCAGGAGCUGAGGCGCUUUCACCCCAGUGCCUCAUGGGCAGGGACAAUGCAACUUGUUUGCACUGCUCAGGGACCCCAAUGUCUGUUGAGGGGCAGGCAGCCAUGUGCCCCUGAACAGAAAAGUUUAAGGACUGCUUCCACUGCUGCUGCUGCUGCACAGCGCAGAGUUCUUUUAAAAAUGUUUUUAAAUGCUUUUUUAUUUCCUUUCACCUUUUUAAAUCGGAUGUUUGUUUGGGGUUGGGAAUUUGUUUAAUUUGGGUUUGUUUAAUUUUACUUUGUAAUUUUCUGUUUUUGGUUUGUAUUGUUUUAUUGUAUUUUUUUAUAUAUAGGUUUUAUUUUGUUUUUAAGGGGAGGGGUCAGGGCUGCCUGGGAGUGGGUCCCAGCCAACAAAAUGGCUGGGGCAGGUUCCACAGGGGGGGGGGUGCACUGGAACAACGGAUCUCAGUGAUCAUGGGUAGGAGGAGGAGUUAUGCUAAGACCAGACGAUGUCAUUACCGAGGAGGCAGACUUAGUCGUUGUUUGAGGACUAUCCCUGCCUCCAAGUCUGGUCCUGACUGUUCCAGGUGGUUCGCAAUCUAUCCGAACCACCUUCGUCAUCGGGGCCUGGUAGGGCUCCAAUAUCUCCUGUAAUGCUUUUGCAAAGUUUUUUGCAGAUAAAGUCGCUCAGAUUCGGAGGGAGGUAGACUCCACCGUGGGAUCAGGGCCGGGGCGGGAGAGUGCUGGAGCUCUGUCUAGUCAUGUUUCAUGGGAUCAAUUUCAAUCUGUUACCUCCGAGGAUGUGGACAGGCUGCUUGGACGAGUGAAACCAACCACCUGUCUCCUUGACCCUUGCCCAUCCGGGCUAAUAAAAGCGAGCCGGGAAGGGCUGGGCGAUGGGCUCCGCGGGGUAGUAAAUGCUUCCCUCUAUGAGGGAGUAUUCCCAGACCCGCUGAAAGAGGCAGUCAUUAAACCGCUUCUUAAAAAACCAUCUUUAGAUGUGGCUAAUAUGGCCAAAUCUUCCAUUCUUGGGCAAGGUGAUUGAGCGAGUGGUUGCUGAACAACUCCAGGCAUGCCUGGAAGAAGCGGAUCAUUUGAAUCCCUUCCAGUCAGGAUUCAGGCCUCAUCAUGGGACUGAAACGGCCCUGGUCGCACUGGUUGAUGAUCUCCGGCGGGCUAGAGACAAAGGUGAGAGCUGCUUCCUAGUCCUGCUGGAUCUCUCAGCGGCUUUUGACACCAUCGACCAUAACAUCCUUCUGGACCGUCUAGAGGGGUUGGGAGCUGGGGGCACUGUUAUACAGUGGUUCCGCUCCUUCCUCUUGGGCCGCGUUCAGGUGGUGGGGGAUGAGUGUUCGGACCCCUGGGCUCUCACUUGUGGGGUGCCUCAGGGUUCUGUCCUCUCCCCCCAUGCUUUUUAACAUCUACAUGCAGCCGCUGGGAGAGAUCAUCAGGGGGUUUGGGCUGGGUGUUCAUCAGUAUGCGGAUGAUACCCAGCUCUACCUCUCUUUUAAAUCAGAACCAGUGAAGGUCCUGUGUGAAUGCCUGGAGGCGGUUGGAGGAUGGAUGGCGGCUAACAGAUUGAGGUUGAAUCCUGACAAGACAGAAGUACUGUUCGUUGGGGACAGGAGGCAGGCAGGUGUGGAGGAUUCCCUGGUUCUGAAUGGGGUAACUGUGCCCCUGAAGGACCAGGUGCGCAGCCUGGGAGUCAUUUUGGACUCACAGCUGUCCAUGGAGGCGCAGGUUAAUUCUGUGUCCAGGGCAGCUGUCUAUCAGCUCCAUCUGGUACACAGGCUGAGACCCCUACCUGCCUGCAGACUGUCUAGCCAGAGUGGUGCAUGUUCCAGUUAUCGCCCGCUUGGACUACUGCAAUGCGCUCCACGUGGGGCUACCUUUGAAGGUGGCCGCCGAAACCACAUAACACCGGUCUUGAAAGAUCUACAUUGGCUCCCAGUACGUUUCCGAGCACAAUUCAAAGUGUUGGUGCUGACCUUUAAAGCCCUAAAUGGCCUUGGUCCAGGAUACCUGAAGGAGCAUCUCCACCCCCAUCGUUCUGCCCGGACACUGAGGUCCAGCUCCGAGGGCCUUCUGGCGGUUCCCUCGCUACGAGAAGCCAAGUUACAGGGAACCAGGCAGAGGGCCUUCUCGGUGGUGGCGCCUGCCCUGUGGAACGCCCUCCCAACAGAUGUCAAAAAGGAAAACAACUACCAGACUUUUAGAAGACAUCUGAAGGCAGCCCUGUUCAGGGAGGCUUUUAAUGUUUAAUAGAUUAUUGUGUUGUAUUUUUCUGUUGGAAGCUGCCCAGAGUGGCUGGGGAGACCCGGCCAGAUGGGCGGGGUAUAAAUAAUAAAUUAUUAUUAUAAGGGAGGCAUCCCACCCCCACCUCUGGCUUUGGUGAGGUGGGGGCUCUGUUACACUUGAGGAAGCCCAGCGAGCUACCUCUUUCUCCCAGGAGGUAGAGGCAACCCGCUCACCCCCAAGUGUAAUGGAACCCCAACCCCACCUCCACUGAAGGGUGGGCAGCCACGCACCCCAGAAGUUCAAAGGAGCCAUCUGCCUGUGCUGGCUGCUGAGGGAGGAACAAAGCUACAUGCCAAUGUAGCUUGCUCCUCUGUCAGCAGUAUGAGGGCCAGAGCGCAAUGGCUGCUUCACCCAGUGGUGAAACGUCUGCUGCAGCUCACCUGCUGGUGACACCCGCAGUAUACUGCCAGGUGAAGCAGCCAUCGUCAUCUGGCCCUGGCUGAUAUUAAUACAUUGCCCAGGCCUAGUACAAAAUAGAAAACCUUGCCUACAGUGUAAAAACAUCUAUUAAUUUAAACCCCAGCUUCCUGACAUAACAGUUACUUGUGUACUUUAAUAGCCAUGGUCAUCAGUGGCUAAUAUAUUAAAAUGUACUGAUCAUGGCUGUGUAAGAUGCCAUACUAUAUUUACCAGGGCACUUUAGAAUGUGGAAUAACUUUUAUCCCCCAAAAGGCAGCAUAUAAUGUUUAAGAAAGUGUCAUUUGAAAUUAUGGAUUUCCUAUACAAAGCAUUUCGAAAACAUGGCUUGAGCUUUUUAUUUGAGAGCAGCAUCAACCCCAACACUGAUGGCGUGAUAGAAAAGUACUGAAUAUUGCAGGAAAGUAUGAGCUGAUAGGGUUCAAGGGUUCACUGUUUAACUUUUUAUCAUAUAUUGCAAAACCAAUAUAUGUGUGGGUAUAAGUGUCCCACCAGCAGAAGGAUCACUGCUUGCACAACAGGACUCCCUGCCGCCUCUUCCCCCGCACAGACACAUGCAACCUCUGUAAAUUUGCUUCAGAGGGUUAAGGGAAGCACCAGAGGAGAUUGAGGGGUGUGGGGGGAAGAGAGGGAAAGCCCUGUUGUCUAAGCAGGAAUCCUUGAGCUGGCAGGACACUUAGUGCUGCUUUGGCUCAUUUCUGUAAUGUGCAAAUGACAAAACAGAAGUUACAUUUGUUCCAGAAAACAGGUAGAUGUUGAAAAUCAAAGCGCUAAUUUUGUGAAACAAUGUGCUCUUUCUAUUACAUGCUAUAAGGAUCACGCAUAGAUACAGGACAAUUUUUAUCGACCUCCAUAUAGGGUGCUGUUAACAGUUAUGGAUGAAUUAUUGUGUGAAGAUCACAGGGAGGUAUCUAAUGACUUCCCUUUCCUGUCUUCCUCACUCUAACUCUCUAUGCCAUCCUAAUCUGCUUCUAAGUCCUCCAAACCCAUUAAGCAGAUUUUAGGGCCAUACAGGGUGGGGGGAUGGGGUGGGUAGGGAAUGUUCCAUUUAUGGGAGUACAACUCACUGUUUUUCCCCUGAAAUAUCACCAACAGGAACGAACUUCUUGUUAAACCUUUUCAUGUAACCUUAAAAAAAAACAAGCAGUAAUGAAUAACCCAUAAAUGAGAACAUAAAUAAAAAGUACUUUCAUAGCUACAUAAACACUUGUCUUUUUUUUAUUGAAAUAGAACAAAUUCUCCAUGAUUAACCAUUUACAUUAAAAUUUGACGAUCAAAAACCAAAAAGAGAAAUUGCACUAAUAUAUCCCGUAGUCAUAGAUCAUUUUACUUAGGUUGUAUUGUUGGUAAAAACACAUAAUUAGAUACCUAUAGCAAUUCAGGCUUUCCUUAAAAGAUAAACCUGACAUUUGUAACAAAAAGACAAUGAAUACGUACAUCUUCUGAUAACUUUCAGCAGAUUAUAAUUUAAUAUGAAUUAAAAUGACAUUAGUAUAAGAAACAAUUGCACUUUAAAACAUUUGAAAAAUUAAAAAAGUACACAAAACAAAACCCCACAAUUGUACAUUUGUUCAUAAUUUUAUACACCACUAUAUGAACAACAGAGGUUAAGCAUCUGUAACCUCAGAAAUAAUAUUUUGUUCCCAAACGUUAGUGAUGCCCAACUCCUGUUGAAAUCAAUGCAACAAAGUUAAGCCCUAUUAAUUUCAACAGAACUUGGAUAUGAUUAACUUCCUAUAGCUUAAGUCUUUUGUAUAUAAGUUACUCCACUGCCACCAAAAGUUGAGACCAUAUUCUACAUAGUGGUCAGAUCAGUUUUUUUAAGUGUUUUGAAUAAAUGUCAUGUUUGUUCAGUAGAAAGGCUGUGACAGAGCUUAAGCAAAGUAACACUUCAUUGGUAUUUAGUGCAAAAUUUUCAAGUUGACUUUACAUGAAAUGACAAUGUUGAAAAUAUAGGCUUCUAAAAAUGUUUCCAAAACAAUAUUGUACAUAUCCCUCAACUCUGAUCCAGAUACUGAUUCAUGAGUGGAAAUGGGAAUCUCCCCCUUCCUAUAAAUGCAACAGAGUGCUGCACUGGACACCCCCCUUCCCCAUCAAAUGACUGGGGAAAUAUCUGCAGGGGCAGCACACCUUGCAGUGUAACCAAUACAUCAACUCUGAUGCCCUGAUCAUGCGUAGAGUGAAGGGAAAGUGGGUUCCUCCCAACUUAAGUCCAGGUGUCCCUUACUGCCUACAGUAUGCUCAGGGUUAUCAAUGCUGAUGGUAUUCCUGUUGAACAUUUUAACAGCAGCAGGGGAUGCACAGCCUUCUGGUUUCCUUGGUUCUCUGGAUCAGAGCCUCCGAAUACUAUUUUCGUACACUAGACCCCCCCUUAUGCUUGAAAACACUUUGCUUCUGAAGCUUUUGAACUAUUUACUCACUAUACGCUCUAUGCUAACAGUGUGUCUAGAAUUAUUUGGUAGGUCUUCCCCCCCCUUUAUCAUGCAAGUAGCACCUUUCCCCCUAAAAUUAGUAUUCAUCCCACCCAACUCUUCGGUUUUCAACCCCCACAUUCCCCUUUCCUGCUCUCCUGUUCCCAAAAGUUAUUGGAAAUGGAUUUGAGGAAACAAAGUUGUAAUUGCAGUUUAUGCAAUUCCAGGUUUAAGCACUACUAGAUUAAGCGUGCUUUUAAAAAAAACAUUUUCUACCACCAGCAAGAGGCUUUUGCACCAAUCAAGGCAGGCCUGUACUUUCUUUGUAUACAGGCUGAACUAUGUGCUACUUAUCCCACAUUCAGCAGGAGCUCUUCCUGGUGUCAGCAGGUUACCUCUCUCUAAAAUAAAGGAGGGUCACCAGUAAGUUUUGCAUGCGAUGUACAUCCACAAACAGACUUUUCCCAUCAUGCCCCUGCUGGCCAGAAGGAGCCCAAUCUGUGCUUGUAUUACGUAGGUAUAUGGGUU